AUGUCGUGUAGAGGCACGAGCGGUGGGGAAGAGACCAAGCGGAAGAAUUCUGGUGAAGUCGAUCUUGAUAUAGAAGCUUUGGCUCAGGAACUUUCAAGAUUGUCUCUUGAUGAUACCAAGCUUGAUAGUACCCAGCUUGGUAGUUCUAAUGUGGUGGUCGACUUCAGUCAACAGCAACAGCAGGAAGUGCAGCAGCAACAACCUCAGUCUGUGUUUUCGACCGCACCGGCAGAUCACAGAGCUACAGGCUAUGUGUUGGAGAACUCCAUCAUUUUCAACGAUCGUCGUGUUGACUUAAAUCUUGAAUGGAUUGGUGGAGUCGGAAUCAGUUCAGUGCUUAAGGCACCGGUUUCGAGGAUUGAUCCGUGA